AUGCCAAGUUUCGCAGCAAGUAGUACCGGAAGUCAGCAAACAGCCGCUUUAUUCAACUCCACAUUUAGCCCAAGACCGGAAGUUUUGUUAAAAACCGCAGUCGCCGAAGUUUACGCAGAAAAUCAGUACGCUCAAGCAAAUAUUUUAUUUGAUGAAGGGGCUCAGUGUUCAUUUAUAUCGGAGAAACUCGCAGAUCAGCUAAACAUCAAACCUUGUGACAACACUGUCGUCAAUCUGGCAGCGUUUGGAGAUUCAUCUCAGAAAGUACGACAUCUGAAGACGGCAACAAUAUAUUUACUUACCGACGACGGCGACAAGAUACCUCUAAAUGUUUUGAUCGUUCCAGUAAUUGCCGUUCCGCUACGUAACAUUCCGCAGUUCGUAACGUCGUUACCGUAUCUCAGACACCUGAAGUUAGCGCAUCCCGUUAUAGACGAUGACAAGUUCGAGAUUUCAUUACUAAUAGGAGCUGACCAUUUUUGGAAAAUAGUGGGAAAUAAGAUAAUUCGAGGAAAUGGUCCUACAGCCGUGAGUUCGAGGGUUGGAUAUUUACUCUCGGGUCCAGUUCCAGUUACUAAUGUUAUGACUCAGUCCUGCUUCGCACUGAACGUGAUGACUACAGACAUAGAAAAAUUUUGGAAACUAGAAUCUAUUGGAAUCAGCCCCGAAGACGACAGAGAUGAUUGUAAACUAGAAACAUAUCAACAAAACAGUAUUAAGUUCAUUGAUGGAAAAUAUGAAGCAAAACUGCCCUGGAAAGAAGACCACGCCCCACUCCCUACAAACUUAGAAGUGACAAAGAAAAGGACAGAAUCCCUUGUAAGACGGCUCCGCCGAGAACCGAACAUCUUUCAGAAAUAUUCAGAGAUCAUACAAGAUCAAGAGAGGCGAGAUUUUAUUGAGAAAGUGGACGAGAACGAACAACAACCCGAUCGAAUGCACUAUAUUCCACACCAUGCAGUGAAGAAGGAUUCAGCCACGACGCCUAUACGUAUAGUAUAUGACUGUAGUUGCCAAGAAACAUCACAGAAACCCAGUUUAAACGACUGUUUAGAUUCUACCCCACCCACAUUGAAUGACCUUUCACAUAUCAUGAUUCGAUUCCGACUUGGCAAGUAUGCAGUGUCCACGGAUAUAGAAAAGACUUUUCUCAAUGUAAGACUGGAUAAAGAAGAUAGAGAUAUGACCAGAUUUCUGUGGCUGAGUGACCCAGGUAACCCAGACAGUCCAUUCACGACAUACAGGUUCAAAUCCGUACUCUUCGGUGCCACGUGUUCACCAUUCAUCUUAAAUGCCACAUUACUCAAGCAUCUAGAAAACAACGCUUCUAGUUGGGUCAGCAGAUUUCUUAAACGGGACUUGUAUGUGGACAAUAUAAUAUCAAGUUUUUCAACAGAAGAAGAAGUUUUGAAGUUUUUCCGAGAAACAAGAGAUUUGAUGCUUAACGGAGGAUUUAACCUGAGGUCAUGGGCAUCAAAUAGUCAACAGCUAAGAUCAACUGCUUCAGCAGAAGGUGUCCUUGACACCGGCGAGAUUACAAAGGUUCUAGGCAUGCUUUGGCUCACCGUCACAGACGAGAUAUCUUACCCGAAUAAGGAAAUUCCUGUAAUACCGGAUAUGACAAAACGUGCUAUUCUACAAUACACAUCGAGAAUAUACGAUCCACUUGGUUUACUAAAUCCAGUCUUAGUGCGUGCAAAGAUUCUUCUUCAAGAUCUGUGGAAAGAGAAAUAUCCAUGGGAUACAAUUCUACCAGAGCAAAUUCAGAAGAAAUGGUUUCAACUUGCACGCGAUAUAAACAAUGUAACGGAAGUUAAAUUUUCACGCCUUAUCUUCAAAUCAUCUGAAGCAGACGACAACACUCUACAUGUAUUUGUUGACUCGAGUAUUCAAGCCUAUGGUGCAGCAGCUUACCUGUGCAGAGGAAAGGAAUCCAGACUUAUCAUGGCGAAGUCACGUGUCGCGCCCUUAAAGAAACUUACCUUACCGAAAUUAGAGCUGAUGGCUGCUGUAAUAGGAGCCCGUUUAGCCAAACACCUACUAAAAGCCAUAGAUGUACAAAACGUCACAUUUUGGUCGGACAGUCAAAUUGUAUUGCACUGGCUAAACACUUCAAGACCUACAUCAAGAUUUGUUCAGAACCGAGUAAAUGAGAUUAGAGAGCUAGCACACAACCGGAAAUGGAAUUAUUGUCCUACACGAGAGAACCGGCAGAUCUGUUAA